AUGGCUCCACCGAAGACGAGUGAAUAUGAACAAGACCAUACAAAGGUAGAGGAGGAAGCGGGAGAUGAUGCUGCGCAUGGUCUGCGAACUGCAGCAAGUAGCGCAGAAAGUGCAAGUAACAAAGUUCAUGGACGUAGGAAGAGAGACACUAUAUAUAUAGUCGGUGGAGGAAUACCCGGAGUAAGAGUAAAGCAUGUUCCAAAUGAAGGGCAAGGUAAACAUGAUUUAAUUCUGGAAUUCGGUGGAAGGAGGGACCUCAACCACCUAACACAACCCACCUACCGUCACGACUACGAUGGGGAUGUUACCUGUGGCAAGCCUCAAUUACAGCAAAGCUUAAAGACUCUUAUAGAGAACUGGCAUAAGGACAGGAAUAAACAAAAUAGAGAGUGGGACCAAGUGUGGGAAGAAAUCGAAGGAAGGGUCGAGCUACUCUCCGAAGAUAUAUCAAAGCAUAAAGAAAGUAUGAAAAAAUAUUGUAAUGACCCCAGUGUGAAAGGAAAAACUUGGACAGAAGCAGAUAGUAAUGCUUGUAUGCUCAUCACUGCAGGAUUAAAGCAUAUAUACGAAAUUAAAGAGGACACGGGCAAAAAUGGCGAACAGGCCAGAAAGAAUAAUAGAACCUUCAGGGCCACUGCGGCAUGUAUCAUAUUGAAUGAACUCAUAAAAAAAUUAGAAAAAAAGGCAAAAUCCUGUACCCAGAUAAUAAGCAUAAAGGAAGGCAUAAAACAAGCCUUUAAGGUCAGUAAAGAAAUUAAGAAAGCUGUGUGCGAUAAUGAUUUUGACUGUUUUGAGUGCACACAACAGCAGGACUAUUCAAACUGUACAAUGAACAAAGAACGAGUGGGAGAGAAAUUAAAGACGAAAAUCGAUAAGGACGAAAAAAUAAAAGAAGCACUCGGAGAGAUAUAUCCACCUUCCGACCCCAACUCCCCCACUGGAACAGCCACUAUUGGGGAAUGGUUUACGCAGUUUUCCACUAAUGUAACAGAAAAAGACAAGGAACAGUAUGAGGAACUCGGGGCCCUUUUAGCCUUGUGUGAGCAGAAUGAAGAUGAAGAAUCCUCUGGUAAGUGGGACAGGGAAAAGUACGGAAGCUUCUGUGAAAUUAUGAUAAAAAAUAUAAUAUUGACGACAGCCGUUCCAAAGCAAUAUAAAAACGAAAAGGGAAAAACAUCAUGUCAGAAGAUCGUAAAAGGAAUUCCUGUAUGUGAUUUAUUAAAAGUAUGGAUGUAUUAUAUGCCUUUCUUCUGUGCUCCAAAGGAAGUUAUAGAAGAGGCCCUUAGCCAAGUUAAAACUGUAAGGGAAGCAUUAAAUAAGAAUCAGAACUAUGUGCACUGCACUUAUGAUGAUGCACUAAAAAUUCCUUACGGAGGCGGAAAUGAUAUGGGAAGUGAAGCGUACGACCUAUUUGGCACAAGUACAUUAUAUAACAUGAUGAAAAAAACAACUAACAAGAAAGAAUGGUGCAAAAACGCUCCUGCGGGUGCUCCUGUUGCACGGGCUGAUAAGGAUACACCUGAUCGAGUGGUCCCCAGUGAUGACGCCUCAAAUAAAUUCAAAGAAAUUGUUGAGCAACUUGAGGAAGUAUUAGAACAGGAGGAGAAGGCAACAUCCCCAGCAAAGUCACCCUCAGUUGAUGACUGUAAUGGUAAAACCUCCUGUGAAUUUGUUAAGUGUAUAGCAGAUGAAUGGGCACGGAUCAGAUCACACGGACCUUCAAAGAAGCCAGAGAGUGAUGUUUGGAAUGACUUCCCCGAUAUAUUGAAAAGCUUGUCUAAUGCUAUGACCAACGGGCAGGGGACAAACGAAAAAGAAUGCGAAGGCAUUAAUGUGGCAGAUUCUACAAAGGAAGAAGCAAAUAAAAAAGCAUGUAAUUAUAUUGUUAAAGGGUUAACAUAUAUAUAUGGUAUUGACUUGUCUUAUGAUUCGGUUAAGCAGGCCAACCCUUAUCUCAACAAAAGGUUUCAGCAAACUAUGGCAUGUCUUUUAUUAAAUGAAUUCGCAAAACAAAUGAAAAGUAAGUGCCCUGAUUCGAAAGCAGGCAUAGACAAAGGAUUCGAAUCUUGGGAACAAAUUAAAGGAAAAAAAUGCACGAAUACUAGUUAUCCAUGUGUUGAUUGCAAAUGGGAAGAAGGCGACUAUUCAGAUUGCACAAUAGGCAAUGAACAAGUAAAGGACAAAGUAAAAGGAAUACUAGAUACGAAUGACAACAUAAAGAAAACUUUGGAGGACAUAUGUAAGAAGGAUGCGCCACCAGAAAAGACAGAAAAAACGCAAGAUACAGUACAACAACCUUCAGAGGAGGACGAUGAUGAACCCCCACCUCUUCCUGCUGUUCCUAACGGGGAUCAGGAUGAACCUUCUGUAGAUCCCGGUCCUGUUCCAGGGGGUGAACCUCAUGCUGAAGCAGAACCUAUUCCCGGGAAUACUGAUCCAAACCAAUCUCCUCAAGAACCUGCUGCUGCUGGAGAUACUCAUCUAGGUGCUGGAGGUGCCAGUUCCAUUCCUGACACCCCUUCCCCUUCCAAACUUACUAGCAAGAUUGACCUCCCUACAUCAUACCUUCCUUUAAUUCCUUCGGUGACUGGUAUCCUUGUUAUGAGUUAUCUCCUUUGGAAGUAUUUUGCCUUUCUUGGUAAGAGAAGAAAACGUUAUCGAAGAGCUCAUCAAGUAAAUGGUCCAACCAUACAGGAACAACUCCUUGCUUAUGUGGAGGAAGGUGGUCCACAUGAAUAUUACAUUGUGAAGGAACGCAAACCUCGUUCUACGCCUAUGAAAAGGAGAAAAAAACGGGGCGUUCGUCGUCGUGCUGGUCGAUGUGGUGUACGUCGCCGCAUGAUUAUUGAUAUUCACUUAGAAGUCUUAAACGAAUGUCAAAAAGGCGAUCUGCAUUCGAAGAAGGAAGACUUUUUUAAAAUUUUGGUUCAAGAAUUUAUGGGAAGUGAGUUCAUAAAAGAAGAACCUGUUCCUCAGGAACAGGUUCAGGAUUCGUGUUCCGCGUUUAGGGUUAAUUUUCCUAUGGAACAGGUCCCAAGUUCAGAUUCCGGUUUUAGUGAAGAAGACUUUAUUCCUAAGGAAGAUGUUCCUGUGGAACAGGUUCCAUGUUCGGAUUCCGGUUUUAGGGGAGGAAGACUUUGUUCUUAA